GUUUUCUUGCCCCCCUCCCCCGGAACAUUUUCUGUGGACGCCCAUGGUCUCAUGUAGCAGAAGCUCCAACUAUUCUGGCAAUAGAAAUUGUAAGGGUUAAGAGAUUAGGGGGGUCUGAUACAGGGCAGGAACUAGGGGUAGGGAGAAGAGGCACGUGACUAGGAGACAAAAGCUUGUGGUGCGCCAGGCACGUAGCUCAUAAAUAGUCUACCCAUAGUCCGCAGUUGAUAAAGGUUAAGCAGAUGCUGAUGCAGGCCCUCCGCGCUCGUGCGACCCCAUUUGCGCACGCGCGUUCUCGUUUGCGCACGGCCGCGGAGUAGGGGGGCGCGCCCGGCACUGGGGGAGUAGGGCUGUAAGCGGAUGACAGGCAGUGCUGAACGGUAGCGCCCUUGGCUUAGCUGGAUGUCACUGUUAUCGCCUGCUGCAGAUGCUCUCAUUUAUCAAUCCCUUCCCCUUUAUUCAGAGGCGAUCCUGGCCCCGCAUUGGCGAAGCACUACUUCCUUUAUUCCCUGCACAACAGCAACACAGAGACUACAGCUUCCUGCGCUGGGCUGUCACGUGGUGCAGUCAGUGGAGGAAGAGUCUUAGCAGCAACAGCUCACAAGGACACGCCCCAAUCUGACAUCACGCCUCUCCGUAGUCACGUGGCUGUGAUGUCACGACUUCCUCAAAGCACCACUAUGGAGCUUUUGCGGCCCAUCGGGAGAAAGGAGGCGAGCGCCUGAACGUAAAACACAAUUGUGCUGCCGCUAGGUUUAAAUGUCUGAAAGAGUCAGCAGUAGACACGGAAGGGAUUGCUAAAGGUCAUAACUAUAAAAGCAGUCCCAAACUGUUGACCUUCAAACCUCCAUGGCUCAGUUCGGUGGACAGAAGAACCCCCCACCAUGGGCCACCCAGUUUACAGCUACUGCUGUGUCACAGCCAGGUCCCCUAGCUGUCCAGCAGUCGUCAUUGCUUGGGGCAUCCCCAACCAUUUAUACACAACAGUCUGCACUUGCAGCAGCUGGUCUCGCCUCUCCUUCUCCAGCAAACUAUCAGCUAAGCCAGACAGCGGCCUUACAGCAACAGGCAGCCGCUGCUGCUGCUGCAGCAGCUGCUGCUCUUCAGCAGCAAUAUACCCAGCCCCAGCAGACAAUAUACAGUGUGCAACAGCAGCUGCAGCCACCACCACAGGCAAUAUUAACUCAACCUGCUGUAGCUUUGCCCACAAGCCUUGCUCUGUCCACUCCCCAACAAGCUGCCCAGAUAACAGUUUCAUAUCCUACACCAAGGUCAAACCAGCAGCAGACUCAGCCUCAGAAGCAAAGAGUAUUCACAGGGGUUGUUACCAAGCUCCAUGAGACAUUUGGAUUUGUGGAUGAAGAUGUAUUUUUUCAGCUUACAGCUGUUAAAGGAAAGUCACCCCAAGCUGGUGAUCGGGUGUUGGUGGAAGCCACUUACAAUCCCAAUAUGCCAUUCAAAUGGAAUGCACAGAGGAUCCAGACUCUUCCAAAUCAGAAUCCAGCUUCAGCUCAGUCUCUGAUAAAGAAUCCUGCUGCUGUCAUGCAGCCUGUUGCUCAACCUACUGCCUAUGCUGUGCAGACUCAGCCACCUCCUCAAGCACAAACUCUUCUUCAGGCUCAGAUAUCAGCUGCCACACUCACCCCUUUGCUCCAGACUCAAACAUCACCUCUCUUACAGCAACCGCAGCAGAAAGCUGGGUUAUUACAAACACCUGUUCGCAUUGUGUCACAACCACAGCCCGUGAGAAGAAUUGAGCCACCAUCUCGAUUUUCUGUUAGAAAUGAUAGAGGGGAUUCAAUACUGAGCCGGAAGGAUGACAGAAACCGUGAAAGAGAGAGAGAGAGACGUAGAUCCCGUGAUAGAUCCCCUCAGAGGAAAAGAUCACGAGAAAGAUCUCCAAGGCGAGAAAGGGAGAGGUCACCAAGGAGGCCAAGAAGGGUUGUACCUCGAUACACAGUUCAGAUUUCUAAGUUCUGUUUGGACUGCCCAGGAUGUGACACAAUGGAGCUGAGAAGACGUUACCAAAAUCUCUACAUUCCUAGUGAUUUCUUUGAUGCUCAGUUCACAUGGGUAGAUGCCUUUCCUAUCUCACGCCCAUUUCAGCUGGGUAAUUACAGCAACUUUUAUAUCAUGCAUAAGGAAGUGGAUCCUCUGGAGAAAAACACUGCAAUUGUGGAUCCUCCUGAUGCUGAUCAUACAUACAGUGCUAAGGUAAUGCUGCUAGCAAGCCCUUCCUUGGAAGAGUUAUAUCAUAAGUCUUGUGCGCUUGCUGAGGAUCCUAUAGAAGUUCGGGAAGGAUUUCAGCAUCCUGCAAGAUUAAUAAAGUUUUUAGUGGGAAUGAAAGGCAAAGACGAGGCUAUGGCAAUAGGAGGACACUGGUCUCCUUCCCUUGAUGGACCUAAUCCAGAUAAAGACCCUUCUGUUCUCAUCAGGACAGCUGUCCGCUGUUGUAAGGCCCUGACUGGCAUUGAGCUGAGCUUGUGCACACAGUGGUACCGUUUUGCAGAGAUUCGCUACCAUCGCCCUGAGGAGACCCACAAGGGGCGUACGGUUCCUGCUCAUGUGGAGACAGUGGUUUUAUUUUUCCCGGAUGUUUGGCAUUGCCUUCCCACCCGCUCAGAGUGGGAAAACCUGUGCCACGGAUACAAGCAGCAGCUGGUCGACAAGCUUCAGGGUGAUCGCAAGGAAGCUGAUGGAGAACAGGAGGAAGAGGAUAAAGAAGAUGGAGAUGCAAAAGAAAUUUCUACUCCUACUCAUUGGUCAAAGCUGGACCCAAAGAUAAUGAAGGUAAACGAUCUUCGCAAGGAGCUAGAAAGUAGAACCCUUAGCUCUAAAGGUCUGAAAUCCCAGCUUAUUGCUCGACUGACAAAACAACUACGUAUAGAGGAACAAAAAGAGGAGCAGAAAGAACUUGAAAAAUGUGAAAAAGAAGAGGAAGAGGAGGAAGAAAGAAAAUCUGAGGAUGAUAAAGAGGAAGAGGAGCGGAAACGGCAAGAGGAAUUGGAACGCCAGAGGCGUGAAAAGAGAUACAUGCUACCCGAUGAGCCUGCAAUUAUUGUGCAUCCAAACUGGUCUGCAAAAAAUGGAAAGUUUGAUUGCAGCAUAAUGUCCCUCAGUGUUUUGUUAGACUAUCGAAUAGAGGACAAUAAAGAACAUUCGUUCGAGGUGUCCCUAUUUGCCGAACUAUUUAACGAAAUGCUCCAAAGGGAUUUUGGAGUGCGUAUAUACAGGGAGCUUUUAGCUCUCCCCGAGAAAGAGGAGAAGAAAGACAAGGAGAAAAAAUGCAAGAAGGAAGACAAACGAGAAAGGAAAGAGGAUAAAGAUGAUGAUGAUGAGCCAAAGCCUAAACGGAGGAAAUCGUCAGAUGACAAGAUAAAAUUGGAGGAGAAGGAGGAAAGAAAGAGAGAUGACAGGAGAAAGGAGGAUUACAGAGAGGAAGAUGAUCCGGAUUAUGAGAACCAAGAUGACUAUGAACCGAUUGCUGCAGAAGAAGAUGACGACAGAGAGGAUGAUGAUGAUGACUCCAGCAGUAAGGAUAAACGGGAAGACAAAAGAGACGGCAACAGAUAUAGCAAGGAACGACAAUCCAAAGAUAAGGAGAAGGAUAAGAAGCAGAUGGUUACAGUUAACCGAGAUCUUUUGAUGGCGUUUGUCUAUUUUGACCAAAGUCAUUGUGGUUACUUGUUGGAAAAGGAUUUAGAGGAGAUAUUAUACACUCUUGGCUUACACCUCUCACGUGCUCAGGUAAAGAAACUAUUUACUAAAAUAUUGCUGAAAGAAUCAUUGCUUUACCGUAAAUUAACUGAUACCGCAACCGAAGAUGGAAGUCAUGAAGAGACUGAUCCCUUACACAAUGAUAUUCUAGGCAAUUGCUCCCUACUCCCAUCAAAAGCUGUGAGAACAGGAUUGUCCACAGUGGAAGACAAAGGAGGCUUAAUUGUGUAUAAAGGUGCAAUGGUGGACGUUGGAAGCCUACUGCAGAAGCUAGAGAAGAGUGAAAAAACAAGGACAGAAUUAGAACACAGACUUCAGACACUCGAAUCGAAAACAGAGGAAGAUGAAAAAACAAUAUCACAACUGGAAGCUUCUAAUCGAAAUUUGUCCGAGGAAUUAAAACAGACAAAAGAUGACGUCGGCCACCUAAAGGAUAGUUUGAAAGCAGCAGAAGACACAAGGUCUUUGUAUGAAGACCAACUAACUAACACCAUCAAAAAUUUGUCAGCAGCCAUGGACGAAAUUCAGGUGGUUUUAAAUAAGAAUCCAUCAACAACAGAGGAUCAGAAAUCAAAAGAAAAUGGAUCAAGUUAACAUUUGCUUCAUGCUGGUCGAGAAAAGCCCUUGUUAAUAAUGUAAAGUAUCUGAUUGUAUUAUAAAUCAACACCAGUGCCGUGCGAGAGUGUAUUUAAUAGGGAAGAUGUAUAAAGUUUUACGAGUGUGUGAGCGUACCUGUACGGAUUGCCUGUAGUUCAUAGAGUUAAACACAAACUGCCUUGUAGAAACUAAAAUAAAUGGUAAUUCAAAUAAGAAGUAACAAAUAGAUGGUCUAAUAAAUUAAUGUUUUGCAUUAGAUAAAGCACAUGGAUUAUUAGAUGUUAGGGACACACUGAAUCCAUCAACUUUGUACCACUAAAUCUUUCAAAAAUUUUGGUUGAUUCCUAAUUUGCAAAUUGCAUCAAUUUUGAACAAAGAAUUGUAAUUCGGUCAGUUGGACAGAACUUUGAAGUUGUGAUUUUUCGUUUUUGGUUCUGCUAAACACUGUGGGCAAAUCCAAAUCCUGCAAAACCUACUAACUUGGAUUCUGUGCUUCCCUGUUUAGAUUUGAUGUAUUUUUUCUGGCUUUUAGUUUUUUUUUGAAGCGCAAAUUCACAAUUUUUUUUCCCACCCCUUUAAGUCUGAAAUCUAGAGUCGUUUUGUAAAAGCAAUACAAGAAAUGAUUUGGGGGAAAAUAUAUUUAAGUAUAUUAUGAAAUGACAAUGUUUUGGCGAAUAGAAAUCUUUUUUUUUUUUAAAUGAGAGAAAUAGAAAUAAUAUUUAAUAAGCGAUUUUAGUUCAGAGAUUCAAGCCAGUAUUCUUGAUCAAAUGCCAGAAGAAAUGAAUGGAAGCCACAUACUGACAAUGAUGUUUCUUACAUUUUAUUCAAAUUAAAAGAUUUUUUUCUGCCUGUUAAA